UGUCAAAAAAAAAUUUGGUCUCCGGAGCACUACGGAUUUCAGAUUUACCUCUAUUUGUACGAAACGGCUACACAAAUAGCAAAACGCGGCUGAGGACACACUAUCCUUGAUCACGAAGGCAUUUUCUGUCCGCGGCCCCCGAGUCAACCCAGUGUCAACUCGCUUGCAUCUCAUCAUAAUCCCGGCACUGGUGGAAUUGAAUCGCGCAAGAGAUGAGUGACGUGUUUGAAGGUUACGAGAGGCAGUACUGUGAGCUGUCCGUCAAUUUGUCUAAGAAAUGCAAUUCUGCUUCAUUUCUUCCCGCUGGAGAUCCAAAGAAGCAACAUAUAUCUGAGCUCACAGUGGGGUUGGACGAAGCGGAUGGUCUGAUUCGUAAAAUGGACCUUGAAGCAAGAAGUUUGCAACCAAGUUUAAAAGCUGCUCUUCUUGCUAAGCUAAGGGAAUAUAAAUCUGACCUCAAUAAGUUGAAAAGGGAAGUGAAAAAGCUAUCAUCUAGCGGUUUCGAUCAAACAGCGCAUGAAGUAUUACUGGAGUCUGAUGUCACAGAUGUACAUGCAGCUUCUUCAAAUCAAAGGGAGCGGUUGGCAAUGUCUACUGAGAGGCUAAAUCAGUCCAGUGGGAGAAUCAUGGAAAGCCGGAGGCUGGCUUUAGAGACUGAGGAGCUUGGUGUCUCAAUUCUUGAAGACCUACACCAGCAGCGUGAAACACUAUUACAUUCCCACAACAAGCUUCAUGGUGUGGAUGAGGUGAUUGACAAGAGCAAGAAGCUCUUGACUUCCAUGUCCAGGCGCAUAAGUCGCAACAAGAUGAUUAUUGGAGCUGUGAUUGCUGCCCUUGUAGUCGCC